AUGCCCUACACUCUCAAGGUCACCAAGGUCCCCCACUUUGGCCGCUUCAGCGCCGAGUUCUUCCGCCCCUUCGGCCCCUCGCUCAUGUUCUGGGGUGCCGGUGCCGGUGUCGCCGUCUCGCUCUUCAUGAGCCCCGUCCCCAUCUUCCAGCGUGACGUCCUUCACCGCUUCCCCUUCCUUAAGGACUACUUCACCGACAAGACCCCCGACUGCGACAAGCCCUUCUAG